ACCUAGUCUAGUCAGUUUACCAUACUGAGAAAUUAAUGAUAAUGCUGAGAAGGAUUCUGAAACUUGAUAAUGUUGUCCCAAAAAGGUUAGGAGGGUUGAUUCCUUCUCCAAGAUAUUUUACAUCGUACUAUCCUAUUCGCAAUGCCGAAGACCAGUCCGAUGGAGGACACAGUCACACUCACAACGGCACCCCAUGUUCCGGCCACACACACAACCACAAUCACUCUCACAAUCAUGCUGGAAUUGCGGACAGAAAUACACUGAAGAUGGACAAGCCGAUGCUCAUGUUGGCUUUUACUUGUAAAAAAUGUGAUACCAGAUCAUCACAUGUAAUGUCAAAACAAGCCUACCAACAUGGGACUAUUCUCGUUCAAUGUCCUGGGUGUAAAUUUAGACACCUGGUUUCUGAUCACUUGAAAAUAUUUUCUGAUCACAGAAUUAAGCUUGAAGAUAUAAUGAAGGCACAGGGUGAAAACAUCAGAACUGAUACUACAGAUCUAGUUUUCGAAGAUAUUCCUGAAUCUCUUAAAAAACUUAUAGGGCACCAUGCCAAGAAUGCACCUGCCGAAUACAAGAAAGAAAUCGAGUUCUCUGAGGAAACUCCUAAGCUUUCUUCAAAGGCAGAUGAAGGCGAUUCAAAUAAAGCUACCAAUUAAGGGCAACAUGAAUCGUUUUUAUUUUUCUCCCUUUUCGGGUAACCUGUAUAUAACUUUCGAAUUAUCCCUUUUCUUUAACUGUUUAUGUUAGUUUUGUUUGAUUUGAGGAUAUUUAAGGUGUUUCCUUUUCAACAGCAAUGAAAUCGCCUACCACUGGCAGUAUUCAAAGUUUGUAUAGCGGAAUCUCUCCAAAAACCAAAUCCCUGUUGGCCUUCACGUUGUUUCAAGAUAAAUACCAAUUGCUAUGGUUUUUAUCUCAUAUAAACACACUUUUGGGGUUCUUCAUGUAUUCCGCUUGGGUAUUCAAUCCCGAGAAGCAUUUUUUGUCUGUCAUUCCAUGGUACAAAUUAACCAAUUAUAGCUGUAUUUUAACUUACACGAUCGU